UUUAAUAAUAUAUCAUAUUAAUGGAUCCAUAAACCCAAAAACCUAAGAUAACAGUUGUAGAUUUACCAUCCUUCACAUUGGUUGGAUUGACAAGGGAUAUUAUCUAAAAAGAAGAAAUAGAUCCCUAAACUGGAUAGAUUGGGAAGGCAUACGAAGAAUAUUUUGGUAAGUAAAUAAAUGAGUAAAUUCCACAUCGAUUAUACCCAAAAAGAACUUAUUGUAUGUAUUAUGAAUACUAAAACCCUCAUGACCAUGAUGAAAUCAAAUACAAAAUGGUAUUAGGAGAAAUGGUAAGUGAGGUGACCAAUUUACCAGAAGGAUUAAUAGCCGUAAAAGUACCUGCACAUCGUUUCAGUCGUUUUGAUUGUGGACCAGGUCCUAUUCCAAAAGUUAUUAUUGAUGCUUGGUAAUCAUUGCCAAAUUUAUCUCCUGAGGAAUUAGGCGGAAUAAGAUCGUAUGAUUAUGACAUAGAGGUCUACCCAGAGGAUAUUAAUGUAAAUGAGAACAUAAAAUUAGAAUUAUUUAUCGGUUUAUAGAAUUGA